AUGUCUCGAGUACCGUAUGCAUCAGCGGUGGGAAGCCUUAUGUAUGCCAUGAUCUGUACAAGGCCAGAUAUUGCUCAAGCAGUUGCGGUGGUAAGUCGAUUUAUGGAAAAUCCAGGUAAAGAGCAUUGGAAUGUUGUUAAGAGGAUCUUGAGAUACAUCAAAGGGACCUCGAAUGUUGCAUUAUGUUUUGGAGGAUCGGAAUUCAUUGUCAAUGGAUAUGUCGACUCAGACUUUGCAGGUGAUCUUGAUAAACGAAAAUCUACUACAGGCUAUGUGUUUACACUUGCACGAGGAGCUCCUCAGCGAUGCAUCAGGAGCAUGCGGCGGCAGCAGGGCAUGGUCCUGGACGACAGAUACGUUCCGUACCUGCAGAUGGCUGGUCUUUACCAUCUUGCAAGGCUGAACGAUAGAUGGUUCCGUUUGGACGAGGCCCUUGUCAGUGCGUUUGUUGAGCGAUGGCAUCCGGAGACGCACACGUUUCAUAUGCCGUUCGGAGAGUGCACGAUCACACUGCAGGACGUGGCAUACCAGCUGGGUUUGCCAGUGGACGGGCGUUACGUCAGCGGCUGCCUAUCAGAGUUCCAUGUCUACAUCGAGGGUGGCCGUCCAGCCUGGGUUUGGUUCGAGGAGUUGCUUGGAGUGGUACCUCCUCCUAGCCAGGUUCAGAAGUACGCGGUCAACUGCAGCUGGUUUCAAGAGACGUUUGGUGAGUGCCCGGAGGGAGCUUAUGAGGAUACUGUGCGUCGUUAUGCCCGUGCGUACAUCAUGAUGUUGUUGGGCACGCAGCUUUUUGAGGACAAGUCGGGCAACCGCGUUCACAUCAGAUGGCUUCCGUUUGUAGCUAGGCUGGAGGAGAUGGGGACCUACAGCUGGGGUUCUGCAGCACUGGCAUGGUUGUACCGGUGCAUGUGCCGUGUGGCGAACAGAAAUGUUAUCAAGCUAGCGGGCCCACUUCAGCUACUUCAGUCAUGGAUUUUCUGGCGAUUUCCUCGGUUUAGGCCUGCAGGAUUUGAGACGUUCAGCUGGCCAUUGGCCUCGAGGUGGUCAGGUUACAUCCCUUCCAGUAGCGAGAAGGGUCCUAGGGUUCAGACGUGGAGGCUCUAG